GUAACAUAACACCAGAUGACGCUGUUUCUUUUUCAACAUUAGAUUGUCUCGUCUUUCAAUUUCUUUUUAUACGUGUAUGGAGUAGACGAAGUUAUAAACGUUUACCAUGCAGAUAUUUGUGAAGACUCUAACAGGCAAGACUAUCACUCUUGAGGUCGAGGCAUCAGAUACUAUCGAAAAUGUUAAAGCAAAAAUUCAAGAUAAAGAAGGAAUUCCACCAGAUCAACAAAGAUUAAUCUUUGCUGGAAAACAAUUAGAGGAUGGUAGAACUUUAUCAGAUUAUAAUAUUCAGAAGGAAUCUACAUUACACUUAGUGCUACGUUUAAGAGGUGGAGCUAAAAAGCGCAAGAAGAAGAAUUAUUCAACCCCAAAGAAAAUCAAGCAUAAGAAGAAGAAGGUCAAGCUUGCUGUACUCAAAUUUUAUAAGGUGGAUGAAAAUGGAAAAAUUCAUCGCCUGAGAAGAGAAUGUCCCAUGGAACAAUGUGGAGCAGGUGUUUUUAUGGCUGCAAUGGAAGACCGUCAUUAUUGUGGAAAAUGCGGUUAUACUCUUGUAUUUAACAAGCCGGAAGAUAAGUAAAUUCAAAAUAUAUGACUUCAUUUAAUUGAAGAAAUUUCGUAAAGUAA